AUGACAAGAAAGACGAUGUGUAUACAAAUACCUAGAGACCCGAGAGUAGACGGAAUUUCGUUUAUAACAGCGAUGCCAGAGGCAAUGGCCGAGAAGAUAGAGGGGCAGAAGUGGAAGGAAAUAAUGUCUGGCCUGAACGGUAUCUUCCACGAGUUUGAGUCUCCGUCCAUAGCAUCUUUUAUCAAGACGGUGUCCAUUGUUCCACUCCUUGUGGGCACGCCUCGAAAUGUCUAUACGAGGGUUGAAGAAUACCUAUCUGAGGCAAACAAACGCCUGGAGAGGCAUGGAAUCCGUAUAAUUCAUCCUGGGAACCACCAGUAUGUCGAGCUUGAGGUUGAGAUAUGCAGGGACGAAUGA